AUGGAUGACUUAUUCAGACGAGCCAACAAGUAUUCAAUGCUCGAAGAUAACGUGCGUGCAGCCACCCAACAAGUUUUGGUUGCCGGACGACCAUCUAGAGGUGACGCGGAGAGAAAUGCUAUACCUCCGGACCGGCCAAGGCCAUCCGAUCGGAGGCAGGAGGGACCGAGUCGCCCGGAUAGGCCGCCCCCCACGCCUCUUUCCAUAUCAUAUGAAAAACUUCUCCCUAUGAUCCAAGGUUUGUCUGACUUCAGGUGGCCAAGACCCCAAGGAACAGACCCAUCCACAAGGGAUCGUAACAAGAGAUGUGCCUUCCACAAGGAACACGGUCACACGACAGAAACAUGCAGGAGCCUCCAGUAUCUGGUCGAGAAGCUCAUCAAGGCAGGACAUCUAAAGCAAUAUCUCCGCUCAGAUACUGAAGGAAAAGUCACUUCCCAACAUCACAAUCCUGGAGCCCCCAAGGCCCCAGCCGCCCCCAAGGCCGUUAUAAACUAUAUUAAUGGGGGUCCAUCUGACGAGGAAUAUGACUCUAGGCGAAAAAGGUAG